CUAAUAAUGGUUUACUCAUUAAAUGAAGUUCUGAAAAUGGAAAAUUUGAAAUCCUUCCAAGGAUACUUUUGUAAUUUCAUGCACAACAAUUCCUCUGAACUUUGAUGCUUUAAUUAAAAUAAGGAAAGCCGGAUUUAAUGGCUCCAAAUUCUCUCUCCUCAAUCUUAAUCUUACCCUCUCAGAAUCCAAUUUUGUCCUCCAUCUCCUUUUCUCCUCUCCCCUCUCACCAUCAAAUCCGCCACCGUAAAACGAUCGCUCCCGUUGCCUUCUCUCACCGCCACAGACUUCGCCGUAAAUUUCGCCGGAAAAGAGACGACAUGUCCGUUACCCUCUCGCUUUCCUCCAUGGAAAACGAGCCGUUUUUAGAUUCCAGAAAUAGUGCUAGAAAUGGAGACACUUUAGCGACGGAAAUGGAACAAGAGACGAGUACUUCGACGAGUUCGAGGAAGAAGAACAAGUACAUCAGCGGCACCGGCAGAUUGAAAUGUUUCGGCGUCGAUUUGUCGCCGGACAAUGUGGCAGUUGCUAUGGUGUAUUUCGUUCAAGGCGUUUUAGGCCUUUCGAGGCUUGCUGUUAGCUUUUACUUGAAAGACGAUUUGCAUCUUGAUCCUGCGGAAACAGCUGUGAUAUCUGGUUUUUCUGCACUGCCGUGGCUUGUUAAACCACUUUAUGGGUUUAUUAGUGAUUCAAUCCCACUCUUUGGUUAUCGAAGAAGAUCAUACUUAGUUCUAUCAGGGCUUCUUGGUGCUCUCUCAUGGAGUUUGAUGGCCACCUUUGUUGACAGCAAGUAUGGUGCUGCAUUCUGCAUACUUCUUGGCUCUCUUUCUGUUGCCUUCUCAGAUGUUGUUGUAGAUUCCAUGGUUGUGGAGAGGGCUCGUGGUGAGUCACAAAGCAUGUCAGGAUCUCUUCAGUCUCUAUGCUGGGGAUCUUCAGCUUUUGGUGGAAUUGUGAGCUCCUAUUUUAGUGGCUCUCUGGUGGAUGCUUAUGGUGUGAGGUUUGUUUUUGGUGUCACUUCAUUGCUACCACUGAUAACAUCUGUUGUUGCUGUUCUUGUGAAAGAACAGCCUGUGCUUGGCCCAGCAAGGGUGCAGAGUAUUCUUUUGGGCAAUCCUAGCUUUCUUGAAAGCUCAAGAGAGAGUAUUAUUCAGUUGUGGAAUGCUGUUAGACAGUCCAAUGUAUUUCUUCCCACAGUUUUUAUUUUCUUGUGGCAGGCAACACCACAGUCAGAUUCUGCCAUGUUUUACUUCACCACAAAUAAACUUGGUUUCACCCCAGAAUUUCUAGGACGUGUCAAGCUUGUUACUUCGGUCGCAUCAUUGGUUGGCGUUGGACUGUAUAAUGGAUUUUUAAAAAAUGUUCCAUUGCGGAAGAUAUUUCUUGCCACAACAAUUACUGGUACAGCUCUUGGAAUGACUCAGGUCUUUCUUGUCACUGGAUUGAACCGGCAGUUUGGGAUAAGUGAUGAGUGGUUUGCAAUUGGGGAUUCUUUGAUUCUAACUGUUCUUGGUCAGGCUUCUUUCAUGCCGGUUCUUGUACUUGCAGCAAAACUAUGUCCAGAAGGAAUGGAAGCAACACUAUUUGCAACUCUGAUGUCCAUAUCAAAUGGAGGCAGUGUUGUCGGGGGUCUGAUAGGUGCUGGUCUGACCUGGGUAUUCGGCGUAACCAUGGAUAAAUUUGAUAACUUGGCCACCUUGAUAAUCCUCUGCAAUCUCAGUUCAUUGUUGCCUUUGCCACUACUUGGUCUCCUUCCCCAGGAUGAUUCUGACACUGUUUCUAAGGAGAAUGUAGAUAUCGAGAUGAAAUCUAAUUGAAUUCUGGCUGUUUGCGUCAGUGUCCAAAAAUGUGUCAAAUUCUCUCCCACAAAUUUCUUUGGAAAUCUCCUUUUCAUAAUGGAAAUGUUGGCUAUAGAUUACUCAAUACAGUUUAGAACAUAGAGAUAAGGGAAAGAGGGAGAGGGAGAGAGCUCUGUAAAUAUCAGGGGUGGGGAUCAUUGCAAAUCCCUGUUGAAUGCGAUAUUGACAAAUUCAAAAAAAUCAAAAAAGAAACAUAGACGAUACAACAAUUUCAUAUUGUUCUCGAUUGUUAUUGAUAAAUGAUUUUUGAAGUUGCAGGUUAGUGAUGUGUAAUUUCUGAAGUAAUGAAAUCUAGUAAUACUCUUUUGAUUAAGUUGAACAUUUGAUGUUAAAUAAAUGUAAGAAUAAUAAAGACUAGAAUGGUUCUUGCCUGUUCUCGGUCAAAAAUUUU